CUCCUUUUAAACGCGCGUGGAUCCGCCCCAAAAUCUUCAACGGUCAUUUCUCUUGUCUCGGAAGCAGAUAGAGGCCUUUGUCUGUUAAAAACCAAACAUGAGUGGGCUUUUUGCUGGACUGCUGAGAGCUCGACGGGCUCUUGCUCCCAGAGCAGGCGUGGUGAUUCAACACGCGAGUUAUAUCCGUGGCAAACCACCUAAAGAUUAUAUUGGGCUGGCGGAAUCUAUGUUCGUGUUGACUGUGCUGACUGUGGCUCUCCUCGGACCUUCUGGUUGGAUACUUGCCCACUUGGACCAUUAUAAAACCCGUGGCUGAUAGACAAGCACCUAAAACAUCGUUGUACACUUGUUAAAGCCUGUGUACCUGCCUGCUGUUAAAAUUGCCAUUUGAACCUUUCGGACGUUUUGUUAAAACAAUAAUAAAUGUAAGUUUUUCAAUUUAACUUUAUCAGUUUUUCUUUUAAAUUUAACUGGUGCAGUAGCAGCCUCUCCCCGGUAGGUGUCAAUCUAUUGCCGGAAGUGAAACCUCUUUGCUUACAAACAGGCUGUAUUACCCAAUGGUAUUGCCACAAGGCAUCCAUAGCUAAGAAAUCCUGCUAUCCGUAGGGAGUUUUUGAUAUUCCCAAAUCACUGCAGAGUUCUAGUGCCUUCAAAUAAAUGUACCAUGAAGCCGCAGCUGACUGGUACAAAAACGCGCCCCAAAGCGGCCGGAGCUGAAGCCGAUCGUUCUCUGCAAGAGGAGCUGAUUGCAGCGAUACAUGGAGCGUUUGAAGUGGCUGUGGAAAUCACAGUUCGUGAGGUGACAAAGCUUGUAGGUCGGGCAACAGGAGACGUCUAUGAAGAGCUGCGACGAGAGAACGAGUCCCUCAAACAAAGGCUGCAGAGAGCCGGAGCUAUGCUGGACUCUGCGCGCAUGGAGGUAAGAAGUGGCAGCUCUCUUCCUACAAAGCAACUCCAGAAUGCCAACAAACUUACAGAUCAACCGCCUCCCCUAAAACCCGAUCCCAAAAGCUCAAAUCCCACAGUAGGCAACGUGCACAGUUGCACGGGGAUCCGAGGUGACUCUCCUCCUGCAGGUCACAGCCGUGCACACCAGCCUCCUGACCCCCAGCAUGAGGAGCAAAGAUCAUGCCAGUAUCUCAGUGAUGCUUCUUCAGAGAAAGAUGAUGGAUGUGAUGCUUUGACCAAAGAAGCCGGCAAAGAGAGCUCCCGUGUAUGUGUGGUGAGGGUAGAAGGCAUUAACCCACCAUGUCUAGGCCUGGCAGUUCAAGACCGCAACUCACCACCACUUCCCAGCGGGGAUGACAUGUCGACUUUUGAGCAUGUCAUGGUAAAGCAAGAGAAGCCAGAAGAGGGAGAUGAUUCAGCAUGCGGUUUAGACUCGCUCAAAAUGGAGGAUUUUAGCCCGGAGGAUUUUAGCCCAGAGUGUAUGUCAGCGGUCCAGUCCAAAAUGCUGGAUGAGUGGAAACCAGAAGUGCUGGAUAUUCCGAGCCAAGACUCAAAUGCUCCUCUGUCCUGCAGCAGGCUGGCUCAGGAGUUCCCAAACAUCUUCCAGCUGGCAGAACCAGCUCCCAUCCCAGAAGCCUCUCCACAGGUGUAUGGAGUCCAUGUGCAGACCAGCCUCAACCACACCAACCUCUACGCCUGCAAGUCCUGCGGCCAGACGUUCCCCCUGCCCAGCUUGCUGCGGCGGCACUUCGGCCAGUGCCAGCAGAAGUUUCAGCAGCGGCUUAAGCAGCCCUUAGAUGGAAGCAAGAGGAGCAGAGUGCAGCUUUACCCACCAGGCUGCAGCCCCUUCCGCUGCACAGAGUGCAACAGAGAGUUCAACCGCAUGGAGAACCUCAAGACUCACCUUCGCAUCCACACGGGAGAAAGGCCGUACACCUGCUCGGUGUGCUCAAAGUGUUUCCGUCACUCUGGGGCGCUAACCAGGCACUUCCGCAUCCACACCGGAGAGAAGCCUUACAUCUGCGCACAGUGUGGGAAGUCAUUCAGGAACUGUGGGGGGCUUAAAUUCCACCAGCGUUCACACAGCAAACAGUAGUUACUUUUUUAUUUUUUUUUAUGUAGAAUAAAAACAGCUGAUAUUAUGUAAUAUGUUUGAAUGUAUACUUAUGUAAAAUAGAAGUACUUACUUACUGGCUAAUAUCAGAUUUUAAAAUAUUAAUGGCCCACCUAUAUUUGUCUAGCCUUAAAUGAUAAGGUUAUGUAAUAGGUGACAUUUUAUAACUGGGAAGACCUGUUAGGUGAAACGGUGUAGACAUCUCGUGAUGUCUACACAGUUUCACCUAACUGGUCUUCUCUUUGAGAUCAUAGGUAUUGCUCUCAACCAGAAAGUAGCAUCUAAACAAGUUAUAGGAACUGUCAAGUGCAUCAUAUUGAGGUCAAACCAUAAAUUCUGCUACUGAAACGAAUACAAUUGGCUUUGUCUGAGUGACGUUCUAUAAAUUGUCCUCAUUGGUAGAAUGGACCAAGUAGAAAUAUAGAUACUGUAGCUAUGUGAUCAGCCACUAUUGUAUACACUGGCUUGGUAGCACAUAUGAAAUGUGUGGAAUCUCUUAGUGUAAUUCUAAAUGCAGUUGAUUAUUGAAGAAAAUCUGUUCUUAUUCAUGGACAUCUUGUUUUUAUAAUUGUCUGUAUCUAAAUGUGAAUUUUAUUUUGACUACACUGUGGAACAUUUUUAAUUAAAAGUGUGGGUUUGCUGAAGUGGA